GUGCAGGCGCCUUGACGCGAGUGACAGCGUUUGGUUACUCGUCUCCAUAAGUGCGUGUCAGCCCUGAUGCAUAUCUGUGCUGUCAGCCGAGGGAAAGGUGGAUCCUCCACUACAAGCCAACACCUCUUAUCCUCAUCCUGUCAUGCGUGUGGCAGAGCAGCUCCAUCCAGCUCCAUCUCUAGGACAACAACACUCCCGCCCCGCCUCGCCUCUCCUCAGAUGUACUUGUGCGUCCUGAAAAACAGGCUGCGUCUGACAGAAUGAAUGGCUACGGGUCCCCCUACCUGUACAUGGGGGCUCCGGUGUCUCAGCCCCGGGCCCCGCUCCAAAGGACCCCCAAGUGCGCGCGGUGCCGGAACCACGGCGUGCUGUCGUGGCUCAAAGGUCACAAGCGCUACUGCCGCUUCAAGGACUGCACCUGCGAGAAAUGCAUCCUCAUCAUCGAGCGGCAGCGCGUCAUGGCGGCGCAGGUGGCGCUCCGCAGGCAGCAGGCCAACGAGAGUCUGGAGAGCCUCAUCCCGGAGUCACUCAGAGUGCUGCCCGGCAUUGGCAUAGCCGGAGCCGGGGAGGGGAACCAGGGAGCCCCGUCGAGGACAGAGGAGCUGGAGCUGAGGUGGAGCAGCACGGAGCCGGCGCAGGCCGGAGCACAAACAUGCACAGAGCCCACAGAGGAAGGUCCUGAUGAGGUGUCUGGGGGUGAAAACGGGGGCAGCUCCAGUGAGAAGGAGCAGGACCCGGUCAGCUCUCCUGAAGGCUCCAAACCAAACUCCUGCUACACCCCGGACCCCCCCAGAACCCCCUCCCACCCGGAGGAGACCCGCUACAGCAGCAUCCCUAAAGCCGGCAGCACUGAGAAGGAACCCAAAGCUGAGAGUCCCCAGAAGUAUCCCGUCAGCCCCGCGGAGCAGAGCGUGCUGAUCGAAGGACUCGCCGGCUCCAUCAACCUGCCCUUCAGCCUCCGAGCCAACCGGCCGCCGCUGGACGUCCUCAAGAAGAUCUUCCCCGCUCACAAGCCUCCUGUCCUGGAGCUCAUCCUCAGAGGCUGCGGGGGGGACCUGGUGGGGGCCAUCGAGGUGCUGCUGUCCAGCCGGGGUGCUGACGGGAGCGCGCACCCGCACGCAGACCCGCACCCGGAUGCCCUGGUGCUGCCCUCAAACGGACACCUGUUCGAGCACACCCUGGGCUCCUACCACCCGGUGUCCUCCUCAGCCAAGUGGUCUGUGGGCUCGGCCUUCCGGGUCCCCGAGUCCCUCCGGUUCACUUCCGACUCCGCUUCGGGAGUGGUGUCCACCGGGCCCCUGGGUGUCCCCCUGCAGCACCCGUCAUUCCCGCAGUCCACGCGCUACCCGCUCAUGCUGCGCAACUCUCUGACGCGCAGCCAGGCCAGCCCCUUCGUGCACAACGAUGUGACUCUGUGGAAUACCAUGGCCCUGCAGCAGCAGUACCAGCUCCGCUCGGCGGCCCAGUAUGUGUCGCCUUUCUCCCCCGCAGCCCCCGCCGGCCCCGGUGGGUCAGUGUUCCGCAGCUCCCCCAUCCUCCCCUCCAGACCCUCCGAGGAGCAGCGCAUCAGCAUUCAGGAGGAGAGCUGCACGCUGGGACCCAAAGCCGGCCUGUACUCUCCUGAUGAGGAGUACGAAGAACGCUCUGACUCCGCAGACUCCCGCAUCUUAAACUCCUCCACCUAGGACAGAAAGCGAUGGACUUAAUGCAGCAGGGGACACCAAAAAUGUAUUAUUUGUUAUUGUGAAUGGACAUUCCAGUGUGUGUAAAGUUUUUUUUAUUUUUAUUUUGAUGAUUAUUCCGGUGUCUUGUUUGAAUUGAACUGUGUCAAGCAAUCACCCUUUGAUAAUGUUAAUCCUCUAACAUCAUGCUUUCAAGAUGUCACGUGGACAAAACGGAUGAAUGUAAACAGACUCGCAUUGUUUUUGAAAAUCUGUCAUCCAUUUCCUGUAAGCAUGUUUAGUACUGUGAAAACUUUCGAUGUAAGGAUCAUCAAUGCAUGUCAAGAGUAUGCCAAAUAAAUCUGAGUUUCCCAAAUGGA